AUGCCAUCUUCUUCAUCUUCCCAAACCUCAUUCUCCCAAGCCUCAUCCUCCCAAGCCUCAUCCUCCAAGACUGCAAUCACUCGCCAUGCCGUCGAUGCUUCCAUAGUCAAGGAGGCAUUGAAUGCAGCUGCCAAGUCAACAGAAGCCCAUCUUUACAGCAAGGGGACCUCAAGGAGCUAUCAGGGCCACGUGAAACGAGCUCUGGAGUACGCCGCCGCUACCGCAGAUCCUGAAUACAAGACAGCAUUCACCACAAUAUCCGCUCACACUCCCACUGUGCUACUUGCAUUUAUCGCGUCCAAGUGCGAGCAGUCCGGCUGCACAUUCAAGACAGCAGAAUGCAUCAGGAGUGCACUGAAGCAAUACUUCGAGGCCACCUUUAAUUGUCAAGGCGACACCUGGUAUUGUGAUGAUCUCAACAACUGGACCGGUAACCCUGUCUUUGACCCAACAUUUGUCAAGUACUAUAAAUCUCUCAAUCGCGAUGGAAGAUCAGGAGUCAGUAAAAAAAGUCUGGCAACAUCCUACAGAGACAUGACCAAGCUUAUAGGGCAUCUACAGGACAGUACGACUAUUGAGAAGGAGACCGAGGGAAUGUGUUUGCUAUUCCAGGCUUUUGCGGCCACUGGGUUCACUCUAUGGACAAGGAACGAAGAACUGCUCCGACUCCAAAGGAGAGACCUUGAGCUAGGCCUCAACACCGACGCUGGGACACCAUACUUAACCAUCACUCUAUCUUUCCGCAAAACGAAUCAAUCAGACGCUCUAAAAGCUAACAUCUACGAGAUCCAUCCUCAGCCUGAGGAUCCAGAUAUCUGCUGUUUCACGAAGCUCAGCACUUGGAUUCGAUGGAUGGAGCGCAGUGGACAAAAAUUGCAACCCGACGAUUUUGUUUUCCCAGCGUUGGAUGUGAGAGGGCGUGUUAAAGUCAAGGAGCCAUUAUCGCACACACGCGUGCAGGCGUUGUUGGAUCUAUUCACAAGGACUUCAGGUCUUCUGGAUGGGCGGAAUGGUCGGUUCACUACACACUGCUUUCGCCGAGGCGGAGCACAAUACCGUUUCAUGUUUGCUAAGGAGAAAUGGUCAUUGAAAGCCGUGAAGUGGUGGGGAGGGUGGUCUGAAGGCGAGGGGAUGGGCACAAUCAUGCGAUAUCUGCUGGACGAGUGCAACCGAUAUGAGCUGGGCUUUAGUGAUAUGCUUUCACCAGUACGACAAGACAGUCGACAUGCCGUUUUCAUGGGAGAAACCGAUACCCCAGGAAUGGCCCCAGCCACUCAACAAGGUCUCGCAACGUCCCUAGAAACGCUGCGCGCAACGGUGGAUAAGGAGACGGCUCGUCAGUUCUCUAUUCUAAAGCAGGAGAUGCAACACCGACAUGAGACGAUGGAGCGACGCCACCAAGAGUCGACUAAGGCACUUCUGGACGCUAUCCGGCGAUUAACAGAGACAGAACCCCGUCAAUCAGCAGUAGUACAGCAUCCAUUAGAUCCAGUCACUCAGGAGCAGGCACCCCAGUUACCUCAACGCAUUGGUCAAGUAGUUCAACAACAACAGCAGCAACAGCAACAGCCAUGCGUCAACCCGCCGGCUACUCCACGUAUACCUACCAUCUCGAAGUGGCAAGAUGCUGUAGAACAGUGGGAGAACGGCGACCCAAGCAAAGGACUGCUGAUCCCACUUCGUUCCUGGACAAAGGGAAUGCGCAAAACAGAUUCCGUCAAGUAUUCUCAGAGGAAAUCCAUCGCAAUGGAGUUUAUCUACUUGGGAAGAAACGAGGUCAAUGUGAAGGAUGUCCAUGGCAAGGCAUCUGAUACGGUCAGACAGCUUCUCAAGUCUAUCCAUCAGAAAAAUCUUGAGCGGAAACAUACAGAUGCGGUUGGAACUUCGUCAUCAGGGCUUCAGGACCAUGGGAGAGAGGCCGAGUGUGAAGACGAGGAUGAGGAGGUGGAGCCAGAACCGCUGGUGAGACACAGACUGAACCAACAGCCGAGUCAUAUGAUCCAGAGCGUGGAAGGGUAUCGUGCAGAGCAGCACGUCUUUGACCUCGUCAGCAUAGCGACCAACAUCUUCGAUCGCUACCUGGCUUAUGUCGCGCUCCUCAAGGUCUACCCAUUUCCUGAUUUUGUUGAUCUCCUUGACAACCUCGGCUCUAAGAAGCUCCUCUGCAUUCCUAACAGUUAUGCCGGCAUGCUCGCCGUCCCAGAGUUUGUCGUUUACAGUACGACUGUAUAA